AUGACUAUGAAAUUGAAUGAUGAUUUAGUUGUGGAGAUCAUCUCUCACCUGCCUUUGAAGCUUGCGAUUCAAUGUAAACUUAUAAGCAAGAACUUUAAUCGUUGGAUUUCUAAUCCUAAAUUUUCUCAAACUUUGUUCCAACAUGAUCAAAAGGUCUGGACACUAGCCUUCGCUUCUACAUCACAUGGCGUAUCCCGUGACUUCCAGAAAAUCUUCAGAAACCUUAUUAUCCCAAACAUUCACCAUCAGACUUCACUCUUUAGAUUUUCAGUUGUGGCCGCAUGCAAGGGUCUGCUUCUCCUAGUCUUUCAUGAAGUUGGGACUUUCUGCGUGUUCAAUCCUAUAACCAGAGCCCAUCAGUUGAUACCAUACCCGAAGCACUAUGAGCAUAAGAGAAUUGGUGAUGCAGGCUUAUUUGUUGAUUACCCUACUUCAGAUCAAUAUAUAUUGGUAACCGUUGAUUGGCUGGAUGAAGGAAAAGGGUAUAAUUUUCAGGUACUUUCAUCGAAAGAGAGAUCUGGAUUGUGGCGUGAAGUCCAAUUCAGAAUGACGCCGGGCAGCAAUAUUAAACCUACUUAUGUGCACUAUUCUUUGCAUUGGCUCACAUCUGGUAACCGUGUCCUUGCUUUUGAUGCAAAGAGAGAAGAAGCUACAAUUCUUGACCCUCCUGAGUUCCUCAAUAUUCACAAUAAUAUUCAUAAUAAUCCAAAGGGCCGCAGAAUUAGGAAGAAGCUAUAUUGUUCCUAUGAAAAGUUAGUGAUGGUGCAAGGACAACUUACUCUUGUUCGUACCUACAAGAAAUCAACAAUGAUUGCAGCUUAUGAUUGUGAAAGCAGCAAUUGGAGAGUUUCCCCCACUUUGGAGAAAACCAUUUGGUUUGUACUUCCAAUCUGCAUUGACGGCAAACAGGUGCUAUUCCUAGUAGGUGGUGGAUAUAUGUACGAGUAUGAUUCUGAAAUCAAUACACUAAAAAAACCUGCAGUUUGUAACGAAGAGUAUGGAAUUCCUGGGGUCACGUAUUCCUUCAAACCAUCGUUAGCCCCCGUCCAUGAGACACUCUCCAGAACAGUUGAUGCUAAACAUCUGCCAGGUAUUACUGCAACGUUAGAUGAGCUCAGAAGAUGUAUUACAAAAGGUAUCAAUUAG